CCCCUCCUUUCUAACCGGAACUUGGGAAGUUCUUUCAGCAACUCGGAAACGUUACCCGUUGGGCUGUGAGAGAAAGGCGGGCAGAGAAAAAGGAAAGAUUUUCCUGAAGUGUUGCCAUGUAUGAAGCGAAAGAAAGACAGAAGUUUAUUAAUAAUGCUCAGUACCUGAGAGAAAUGCAACACAAGAUGGAUUCAGAUUAUCAGGCUUGCCUGAGAAAGCAAGAGCAGACUAAAGAGCAGUCUGAGAAAAAGCACUCCAGGCAAGAUUUGAGGAAGACAAGUGUAUCAUCUAUCUCUGCUGUGCAUACUUAUGAAAGACCAUGGAUUUCACAACUUCCUAUUAAUAGACAGACCUCUUCUGAUGAAGCUUCUGGUUGUGAACUGAAAUCUACUGUAAAGUGUGUUGGGAACAAAACAGAAGCUAAAUUUCCUGCCAUUAACAAAGCAUCUGUUAAGCAAAAGCAAAAACCAGCAUUCGGCAGGAAAUCAGAAAAAAAUGGAUUUUGCCCCAAAAAAGAUACUCCAGCUUUUCAGAAGCCAAUUUUAUCAAGGAGACAGCGAAUGAACCAAAGAAGUUUGUUGGAAACCACAGACUCUGAAAAUAUGAGAAGAGGGAGAAAAACGCCAGUGCUGCAUGGAAUAGCAAGGAAUACAAAAGGCUCUGACCCACAAGAUGUCACAGGACAAAGAAGUGGUCCUGCUGUCAAGAAUAAGAAGAAAUAUCAAGAAAGAAAGAACCUUGUCCAAUCCUCUAAAUUAAGCAUAGAUAGAAAAAUCCUCAACAAUGAAAUAACAAAAGGCAAUGUUCUAACCUCAGCUGAACAGUCCCCAACUAAUCCAGUGAAUCCUGCAGUUCAGGAUGCUAAUGGCCCUUCUGUAUCAAGUGAGUUGAACAGUUCAAACCUUCCACCCAUUAAGAAUACUCUUACAAGGCCCAAAAAUGAUGAUUUGUGUACAUUGUUGUAUUCAAAUUUGGAUAGUUCCACUGGAGAAAAUGAAGAUGUCAAAGAUGUUAACUGCUUUGAUGAAGAGCUUUCUGUUGAUCCCAGUAAGCCGCCUCUUCUUGAUCAAAAUAACAGGAUGCCUGGAAUGUCUUUAGCUCAAGUGGAGCAGCAGAACUGUGAAGUGGGAAUUGGGAGUGAUGGAAGAAGGAAUGAACCUUCCCGUAGAUUGCUAUGGCAGUAUAAUAUAGCAGGGGACCCAACUGCUGAACAACCUUUCUCAGGGCAAAGAAAGCCAAGGGACCAAAGGAAGCCUUACGCUCUUGAAGAAAGCCUUUUGGAAGAGGCUCAUAAAAAUGAAGGUGAAAAUCUGACAUUUAGUGCAAGAAGCCCACAUACUGAAAGCAGGCCAGGAAGUGCAACAGCUGAUGAGGCUGCUCAUAAUUUACGUUCCACUGAAGACUGGGCAGGGAGCAAGGUCUGUGACAGAGAAAGACAGUGUUUUGAGAACAAUCAAAGAUGUUAUGCUGGACUUGUGAGUUCAGCCAGGGCAACGGUUCAGAGGCCAUCUGUGCAUUCUCCAUUUAAUAUACCAAACUCCUUAAUACAACCUGCAAACAGAACUGAGGCUGCAAGCAGUGAUGCAGUUGCUGCAGCUUCUGUGCAAGUCACAGAACUUAAUGGAAGCCGAAGGUUCACUGCUCGCAGACAGCUAUCUCCUAUAAGAAUCAGGGAUUCUUUUUCAGCUACUCAGAUUUGUCAGUCCUCAUCACCCACAAUCAGCACUUUUGAAGAUAGCAGCUUUCUUGAGGAUAGUAUAAGCAAUGGUCCUAGCAGCAUAUCUCCAAGCACCACUUCUCAUGAUGAAGACAACUUUCUGAAUUCCCACAGCUCUUCAUCUUCUACAGAGUCUUCUCACCCAUCUCUUUUCCAGGCAAAUUUCACAGCACACCUUCACAUGACUGGUCCUCUGCCUGAUCAAGUACCAAUUUUCCUGACAGUAUCUGAUUUACGAAAUCAGAAUGACUUUGUGAGCAGUACAACUGCUUGCAGUUCACUAAAUGCAAAAGAGAUUAAUAAGCCUGAGAUAGACCCUGAGAAACUGAAAAAAUUGCAAGAGAGUCUCCUGGCAGAAGACUCAGAAGAGGAAGGAGAUCAGUGUCGAAUAUGUCAGAUUCCUGGUGGAUCUGUAGCCAAUCCCCUGCUAGAACCAUGUGGGUGUGGUGGGACUCUUCGGUUUGUUCAUCAGGAAUGUUUAAAGACUUGGUUAAAGGCCAAAAUAAAAUCAGGUGCUGAGCUUGGUGCUGUGAAAACAUGUGAACUCUGUAAACGGAGCCUUACUAUAGAUCUGGAUGAUUUUAAUGUGAAUGACUAUUAUAGGAAUCAUCAGCAGUCUCGGGCCCAGGAUGAACUGAUGAAUUCGGGUCUCUACCUUGUACUGCUGCUUCACCUCUAUGAACAAAGAUUUGCGGAACUCAUGAGAUUAAACUACAACCAAGCCUCAAGAGAUCGCCUCUCAAGACAGCCUAGAACAGAAGAAAAUCAAAUGAGUAUGCCAGAGGUCUUUAAAAUUCAGCUAAUUCUAGCAACACUGGCUAAGAACUAUCAAGAGGGGUUUAAAGAAGAGAACUCUCUAUUAGGAAUCUGACAGAGAGCCCUUUUCCACAUCCUUCCACUUUUACCCUUUUUCUUAGCACCAAGCCACAAUGAGUAUGUACUCCUUUCACAUUCAGUGUCAUGCAUUUAAAUCUAAAGCCUUCUAAGGUUCUGGGUUUUGGCUGUUUAUGUGGUUUGAGUCUUGUAUUUUUUUUUCAAGCCUGACAAUCUUUAUAGAAUCUACACAUGUUAUGAACAGCAACUUGCAAAGGGUAAAACUUCGUAUCUCUCCUGCAGACUGGCUGCCAGCUACUCAGUCAAAAUGUAAGCAACAGCUGGGGUUUUGUGUGCAUGUGUUCAUCGUGUGUGUUUUAGUGAUGUAAGCAAACUGUUUGAGAGGCCAAAUUGGAUAACUAUUUUGCCACACUUUUUCAAGAAUCCUACAUUGUGCCUGACUUGCAUUUCUGAGUCUGGAGGUUCUUACAGCUCAAGAAUUGUUUUGUCUGUUGAAACUACCAACCUUGUUACAGGAUAUUCCAUAGCACACAAACGCAAAUGUAUUUAUAUGCUGUUGUAUGAUCAGCUUUUAUAACAUUGCUCCCUUCCCUUAAGAUUAAAAUAAAAAAAACAAAUAA